CGACCGCAGGAAUCCAGCCGACCCAGCACUUCCCCGGUUCCUCCCAGCAGAGUCUUCUUCUCUGCAUCCGUUCCGUUCCCCGGCCUCUCGCACAUCCACCGCCACCGAGCCGCGUGCGUCUUCCAUGAAGGACCCGUUCGAGGCGGACGUCGAGGAGCAGGACUCGCCGCCGGAGUCGCCGGCGCCGCCCGAGGAUGAACCCGGCGCCGCGGGCCCUGCGGAGGACCCCGAGGACUACGACGGCGGCCCGCCCCCGCGCCAGCCGUCUGCCCCGGCGUCUCACGCAGCCGGUGCCAAGGCCAAGGCCCGUGUCCAUAGGGAGCAGCAGGAGGAUGACGACGAGGACGAGGACCAGAUUGAGGUCGACCUCGAGAAGCUUCCCAGCAGCACUGGCGACCCAGACAAGCUCGCUAAGAUGAAUGCUAUACUGUCCCAAUUUACACAACAGCAGAUGAACCGUUAUGAGUCAUUCCGAAGAUCUGGAUUUCAGAAAUCUAACAUGAAAAGGCUGUUGGCAAGCAUCACUGGAAGUCAGAAGAUUUCUAUCCCUACUUCAAUUGUGGUAUCGGGAAUCGCCAAAAUAUUUGUUGGUGAGCUAAUUGAAACAGCAAGAGUGGUCAUGAGCGAGAGGAAGGAUUCAGGACCCAUUAGGCCUUGCCACAUCAGGGAGGCAUACAGAAGAUUGAAGCUUGAAGGGAAGAUCCCACGGCGAUCUGUUCCUAGGCUCUUCCGCUAGAAUUGAAGCAUGUAUAUUACACAUGUGUCUGGAGUCCUGACAGAUGUGUGCCAUGAGGUGAGGAGUUUCUAGUACCAGCUUGUUGCAGUUUCUGGACAGAAACCUGACCAGACUCUCACAGCUUCUGUUGAGAAAUCCUGUCAAAUGUCAUAUCAUCUUUAAGAUGGAAUUAGAAAGAGUUAAAACGUCCCUACCACGGGGCCUAAAAUCGCCUGGGGUUGUUAUUUGUACUGAGGGCUACUUUGAAAACCUCAAAUCCCCUUCGGGAUUGGAGGGGAUUGAGGUGGAAAUGAACUAAUUUUCUCUUGAGUUUCCAAAC